AAUGAGCCCGCCAUCUUGCGAUUUCACCUGUUAACCUGCAGUAGCAUCAUCGUUUUGGAGAGUUGCGAGGCUAGAAACAGUGCCAUAGAGCAGAGGAUGCUAUCCCGGGGCUUUCAGCGCUCCUAACUUAGAGAGCCAAAUCGAAGUGGUGGUCAAUACCUUCAAAGUUCUCGAAUGUUAAACGGUGCCAUGAAAGGAGCGAUUAGCAGCCCGGUGUCUGCCGCCAUGGAGGAUGCUUUUGGAUGUGCGGUGAUGAACCGCUUCUCCCAGCUGCUGGAUGAUGAAGCAGACCCGUUCGAUAUUCUGCGGGAAGCCGAGGAGCGGAAAAUUAAGAAAAAGAAAGAGGAACUCAAGAAAGGCAACGUUACCCAGCCCAAGUCGGGUAAACGGGAGACUCAGAGAGAUCGAAAAUUCCUCGCAUUUCCCCCCAACGACGAGGAGGCGAUUUCGAGGAUCUCCGCAGGUCAGAAGCGCCCUCCCAGAAGUGGUUCUCAACCGGUUCAGAAUGAGAACCGUGGAACAGAGGCAAAAAUAGAACGAAAUGAACGUCGAGUCAUUUUUCGAGAGAAUCGUCAAAAUGAUGCUGAUGUGCCUGUGGAGUUUUCUGUAGAAAUGUCAUCUGACAGAUAUGACCGACCAAUGAGAGGUCGUGGAGCUGGGAGAGGAGGGUUUCGUGGUAGAGGAAGAGGGGGAUUUCAGCGAAACUUUGAUGGUUUUGACCAAAGAGGGAAAAGAGAAUUUGAACGACAUAGUGGGAGUGACAGAGCGGGAAUUAGACCUGAGGAAAAGCGUGGUGGAAGUGGACCUCGUAAUUGGGGAUCGGUUAAGGAUGAAAUGAGUGAAACUGAGCAGAAUGUUCCUGUUGAAGAGGCUCCAGAAACGGAGGCAAGUGAAAACCCAGAUAUCGAUGGGGAAGGCCGAGGAGUUGAUGGUGAAGUAGAUCAGCAACAGGAUGUCGCUGCAGAGAUGAGUUUGGAUGAAUGGAAAGCUCUACAGGAGCAGAGUAAACCAAAGGCUGAAUUCAACAUUCGUAAACCUGACACCAAGAUGCCCUCCAAAGCUUUUGUUAUUCAUAUUUCAAAGUAUAUAAAUCACCUGGGAGAUGUUGAAGAUCGGCAGAUUUUUCGGAGGCCUACCAAUGAUAUUACCUCACAGCUUGAUAUAAAUUUUGGCAAUUUAUCCCGUCCUAGCCGUGGAGGUAGAGGUGGGCGUGGGCGUGGAAGAGCCUUCUCCAGUAGGCCAGAAGCAGUAGCACAGGCUGAAGUGGCUCCGGCUCCAGCUCCGGCUCAGGUUCAGGCUCUUGCUCCAAACCCAGAUGACCCGGAGGAUUUCCCUGCCUUGUCUUGAACACUGAUUUUUGCUUGGCCAAUGGAAGGGCUUAAGGCAGGUCUCAACUUCUUUUGGCCCUCAACUGUUUGCACACUGAAAUAUGAUUGUUGCAUUAUUGGAGCUAGCUGAAAAGUUAUAUAUUUUUUUGAAACAUUAUACAAGUGUAUAGUUUAAAAGCUGUACAAAAUUAAUAAAUAUU